AUGAGGCUCUUUCUAUGGGGCUUUUCAGCUCUCCUUCUCCUGCUUGGUACGGCUCUGUGUGACAAGUUGGAAUGUGCCUUGGCCUGUCAAACUGUCGGUUCAAUCCUCCAGUUUAACAGUACAGUACCGUUGGACAAUUACUACGCUCAGCAGUGUGCCGUGGUUCCACGAGUCGAGACCAUUUUCGUAUGCAUGCGAAGCUAUUGUACAGAGAAACAUAUCGAAGCUGGAAUGGAGUACUUCACCGGUGUUUGCAAGGAGGCCUUCGUGGACCUGUUACCCUUCAGCUUCAUUGACAACAUUACCGAUGCUAUGGUGCAAAAAUGGCCACGGAUCGACCUUGAAACUAUGAACGAAGUCCAGUACUACGAUACUCCUGCAUUCAUCGUAAAGACUCUGUUUCAGCUCUCAUUUCGUACCCAGAUGGAUUGGGAUAAGUCGGUGGUAAAUCGUGCAAACUAUGGAUACGCCAUGUUUGGCUUCUUUGGCAUCGUCAUCUUCGUCGGGACUCUGUCCCGUGUCAUCAGCUACGCCCACGUCCAUCUUCAUGACAAGUAUUUCAAAGAGUCCACGACGCCUCCCCUGUUUUCCGGCAUACAGCGGAUAACUAAGCGGUACAUCUCUACGCCUGCGCUGUUUUCUCACCGGGCGGCAGAACCGUUGGCUUGGUGCACUGUCCCUCCUCGCGUACAGUCUCUUACUAUUGCGGCUUUUGUCAUCAUCAAUGUGGUCCUCUGUUGCUCGGACUACAGUGCCUUCGAAAACAAUCUUAAUUGGACCAGUACCCAUCAACAGUUAUGGCGAUAUGUCGCAGACCGUACUGGUGUGAUAUCCUUGGCCAAUAUGGUGCUCAUAUGGGCAUUCGGUACGAGAAACAACGUUUUGCUGUGGUUAACCGGCUGGGACUUUGCAACCUUCAACCACUUCCACCGUUGGGUGGCUCGCGUUUCGACCAUUCAGGCCAUCGUGCACAGCAUCGCCUACAGUGUUUGUGCAUUCAUGAUCGGGGGCAAGGAAGAGUAUGAUAGGGAGUGGACGUUACGAUUCUUCUGGAUGGGUGUUAUUGCUACCUUCACCAUGAGCUUCGCCAUCGGGUUGUCUAUCCUUCCCAUGCGAAGGUACUUCUACGACGCUUUCUUGAUGAUCCAUAUUGUCCUUGGCGUUCUGACUCUCGUGGGCAUGUACUAUCAUGUCGAGGCUUAUGAUGCAGAGUACAAGCCUUACAUAUGGACGUGCGUGGCGCUGUGGUCAUUCGACCGUGCCCUGCGACUUGGUCGAAUCGCCCUUCUAAACUUCGCACCUUUCAAGGCCACGGCCAAGUUCAAUCCGAAGUCCGACACCAUCCGUAUCCAGGUAUUCGUUAGGACUGGAGUGCGACCAUCCCCAGGGACGUACUACUACUUGUACACCCUCCACGGGGCCAAGUUCUGGGAGAGUCACCCAUUUACCCUCGCUGCGUGGGACUUGAACGACAACACGGCCGAGAGCGAUGCUCCUCGGCGAGACAAGACAAUAUCCUUCAUGUUACGGCCUCAAAAGGGCUUCACGGCCCGACUGCGAAACCAAUUGGUCACGAGACAGGAAAAGGAAGACGGUACUCUGUCGCCUGAAAAGAGUCUUCGGGUCAUCAUUGAGGGGCCCUACGGCACUGGACACAGCGUCGAGCUUUAUGACUCUGCCUUGUUCGUAAUUGGCGGCAUGGGUAUCACUGUGGCGCUUGCCCACAUUCAGGCUCUACACGAGACACUCACGGAGAAGCUACCUUCGAAGUUACGCGCCGUGCGACUGGUGUGGGCGAUGCGUGACAUUGCGCUUUUUCAGGACGUGUACGAACGGGAACUGUCGUCUCGAAUCGCCGCUCUUCGCUCCCACGGCUCUGUCGACUUCAAGGUCGAGAUACAUGUUACAAAACAAUCGGUCAAGAUGUCUGUCAGCGAUCUUAUGAGCAAUACCGACGAGGAAGAGAUCGAAAAUGCACCAACGAAACAGACAAAGACCAUGGAGAAGGAAACCAACGUGUCCUCAAUCGAGCCUGUCGACAACGCCAUGAAGGCGGCCACUGUCACACCGUUGUCGCCGGGGGGCUCUUUAGGGGCUGGUCAUAGCGACGACGAGCGGCGCAUCAAGACAGUUGAGCUCGCCACAGGUGUCAACCUGUUUGAGAAUCGGCCUUGGGUCCAGGACCUCGUCCUCGCCAGCGCGCAGGAAUGUCAGUCGACGGGAGGAAAACUCGCAGUCGUCUGCUGCGGACCGGCCAGCUUGACCGAUGACACCCGGGCUGCGGUCGUCUUGGCCUUGGGAGAUGAAAACGCGCAGAUCGACUUUUACCCAGAGCAUUUCAACUGGUGA